AGCUACAAUCAAACAUGAAGCAUCUUAAUUUUUUUACGUGCUCUCAGUUUACAUACCUUCAAGUGGACAAUCUCAUCAAAGGAAUAAGAUAUUUUGCAUGAGAACAAGACGGGUUUUCUAUUUCAUUUGUUCGGGAGUUGAAUUUCGCGUGUUCAGCUCUUUCUGUCGAGGUUAAUAUCAAUGGCAGAGGAAGAACAACAGCAGGCGUUGUUGAAGAAGCAUUACUAUGAGAAUUGCCCUGGCUGCAAAGUCAAGAAGAUCAAGGAAUCACAGACGGGUCUGCCCAUCCGUGAGCUCACGUGGAUCUCAACCGUCGUGAUCUGUGCCACACUGCCAAUAUCAUCUCUAUUUCCGUUCCUUUACUUCAUGAUUAGAGAUUUUCAUAUUGCCGAAAGAGAGGAUGACAUCGGGUAUUAUGCCGGUUAUUUAGGUUGCUCAUUCAUGUUUGGCAGAGCCUUGACGUCGGUCUUCUGGGGAAUCGUGGCCGACCGCUAUGGACGGAAACCUGUCAUAAUUAUGGGAACAAUCUCAGUGGUUAUCUUUAACACUCUUUUUGGCCUAAGUGUGAACUUUUGGAUGGCCAUUGCAACGAGGUUCCUUCUAGGAAGUUUAAAUGGUAUACUCGGACCGAUCAAGGCUUAUGCGUGCGAAAUGUUCCGUGAGGAGUACCAAGCGCUAGGAAUAUCAACCGUUGUGACAGCAUGGGGGAUAGGAUUGAUUAUAGGUCCAGCUCUGGGAGGUUAUCUUGCGCAGCCUGCAGAAAAGUUCCCCUCUAUAUUUUCGAAAGAAUCAGUGUUUGGAAGAUUUCCCUACUUCUUGCCCUGUCUUGCCAUCUCGCUUUUCUCAUUGGUAGUUUCUGUUGUCGCAUCCUUCUGGCUUCCGGAAACAUUGCAUAUGCACCACGUGAGUAGUGAGCUUGAUGAGUCUUGCGAAGAUGCGGAGACUGCACCCCUCGAGUCCGGUGUGAAAUGCAAGACGCAAAAGGUUGGAGGGAAAGCAUCGAAAAAGUCUCUGGUUUGUAACUGGCCCUUGAUGUCGUCCAUCAUUCCGUACUGCGUCUUUUCGCUUCACGAGGUGGCUUAUGUUGAGAUCUUCUCGCUAUGGGCCGUAAGCCCCAGGCAAUACGGGGGUUUAAGCUUCACAACUGAAGAUGUUGGAACUGUUCUUUCCAUCUCAGGUGCCGGCCUUCUCGUCUUCCAGAUGUGGUUAUACCCAUAUCUGGACGGCCUUCUUGGCCCUGUCGUGGUAGCUCGCGUCGGUGGGGUCUUAACGAUACCCAUCUUGUCCAGCUACCCUUUUAUAGCCAUGCUGACCGGGCUAAGUCUCUCCAUAGUGUUGAACUGCGCUUCAGUCGCCCUGAAUGUUCUGUCUAUUUGCGCCUUGACCAGCUUGAUGCUUCUGCAAAACAAAGCCGUGGACCAAGAUCAGAGAGGAGCUGCUAAUGGAAUCGCGAUGACUGCCAUGUCUCUCUUCAAGGCAGCCGGUCCAGUUGGAGGAGGUUCAAUAUUCUCAUGGACACAGAAGCGUCAGGACGCGGCCUUGCUCCCAGGCGACCAGAUGAUCUUCUUCGUCAUGAACUUGGUCAUGGCAAUCGGGGUGCUGAUGACAUUCAAGCCGUUCCUAGUCGAACGCCCCGAGUCAAAGAAAACAGAAUCUAACCCGCAUGAAUUCUAAGCAUGGCCCUGCUAAAAGCUCAGAGCAGAGCUCUCAAAAGAUCAGCUGCCGUUCGAUCCUUGCACGACGCCGAGUCGUCCCUGCUCAGGCCAAGAGCCACAAUCCUAGUUGUAUCAGCAACUCCGCACCAAUGUGCUGAUAUUUUUAUUCCUCCGACAAUAAUGCCGAAUAGAAAUAUAAUGCAUUGUUCUAUAUCAUGUAAUCUCUUGCAGAAUUAGCGUCCGAAAAGGGAUUAGUCCGUUGCAUCAUAAGGACAGAGAGGUUGAUUGAAAACACAAAAACCAGUUGGGUCGCUCAGGAGUUUCAAUGGCUCAAUUCAUUGACAUUGCUGCACCAUUUUGCGCCUCCUUCCGGCUUGUGCCGAAGCAACUCCCUUAUGAGCCUUAGUAGGGACAUCACGACCGAAAAGAGAAGGCUCGGCACCUGGCAGAAAAGCAUACACAA